CUCGUCGUUCAGCUCCAAAAGCCGUAUAUCCCACAAUGGCACCCAAGACUGAGAAGAAGGGCAAGGGCAAGACCCGUUCUGCGCUCAAGGACGUCGUCACACGCGAAUAUACGAUUCACCUACACAAGCUCGUCCACGGCCGGUCGUUCAAGAAGCGCGCUCCCUGGGCUGUGAAGUCCGUUGUUGAUUUCGCACAGAAGGCGAUGGGUACCCAGGACGUGCGUUUGGAUCCUAAGCUCAACCAAGCUAUUUGGAGGCAGGGGAUCAAGAACGUCCCACAUCGGAUACGGGUCAGGCUGGAGAGGAAGCGCAAUGACGAGGAGGACGCGAAGGAGAAGCUGUACACCUAUGCCACGGCUAUUGACAUCCCAGUGCACGAGUUCAAGGGUCUUCAAACCGUUGUUGUGGAUGCGGAGUAGACGAUUGGGCUGGCGCUUUUCUUUCAUGUCGAUCAUGCCGAGCUUGUCUGUAUGCACUAUGCGGCUAUGAACGGAAUGCCUAGCAUGGUUCAGAUCCUGAUUUUCUGAGUGACGUGGUGAGAUAACGGCUCCUUUUCGUGACUUCAAGACUAGUGUUGUCGAGCCUGUUCCGGCACGUGUUCAAUACAGCUUGUCG